UGGAGUAGCCGCCACUUCCUGGAGCCGCCGGCCGGGGCCGCUCGCCGCACUCAGCGCCGGAGCCGGGAACCCGCGGCCGCCGCCAUGUCCCAUCAGACCGGCAUCCAAGCAAGUGAGGAUGUUAAAGAUAUUUUUGCCAGAGCAAGAAAUGGAAAAUACAGACUUCUGAAGAUAUCGAUUGAAAAUGAGAAACUUGUGAUUGGAGCGUGUAGGCAGCCUUUAGAUUCCUGGGAUAAGGAUUAUGAUUCCUUUGUUUUACCCCUGUUGGAGGACAAACAACCGUGCUACGUAUUAUUCAGGUUAGAUUCUCAGAAUGCCCAGGGAUAUGAAUGGAUAUUCAUUGCGUGGUCUCCAGACCAUUCUCAUGUUCGUCAAAAAAUGUUGUAUGCAGCAACAAGAGCAACUCUGAAAAAGGAGUUUGGAGGUGGUCACAUUAAAGAUGAAGUGUUUGGAACAGUAAAGGAAGAUGUGUCAUUUCAUGGAUAUAAGAAAUAUUUGCUGUCACAGUCUUCUCCUGGCCCACUGACUGCAGCUGAAGAAGAAUUACGACAGAUUAAAAUUAAUGAGGUACAAACUGACGUGAGUGUGGACACUAAGCAUCAAACACUACAAGGAGUAGCAUUUCCUAUUUCUCGAGAAGCUUUUCAGGCUUUGGAAAAAUUGAAUAACAGACAGCUCAACUAUGUGCAGUUGGAAAUAGAUAUAAAAAAUGAAAUUAUAAUUUUGGCCAACACAAUAAAUACAGAACUAAAAGAUUUGCCAAAGAGGAUUCCCAGAGAUUCAGCACGUUAUCAUUUCUUUCUGUAUAAACAUUCCCAUGAAGGAGACUAUUUGGAGUCUAUAGUUUUUAUUUAUUCAAUGCCUGGAUACACAUGCAGUAUAAGAGAACGGAUGCUGUAUUCUAGCUGCAAGAGCCCUCUGCUAGAUAUUGUAGAAAGACAACUACAAAUGGAUGUCAUUAGAAAGAUCGAGAUAGACAAUGGGGAUGAGUUGACUGCAGACUUCCUUUAUGAAGAAGUACACCCCAAGCAGCAUGCACAUAAACAAAGUUUUGCAAAACCAAAAGGUCCUUCAGGAAAAAGAGGAAUUCGAAGACUAAUUAGGGGUCCAGCUGAAACUGAAGCCACUACUGAUUAAAAAUAUUACAAUACUAGUUUUUUUAAAAGUCCAGCUUUUAGUACAGGAGAACUGAAAUCAUUCCACGUUGAUGUAUCGUAGGGGAAAAAAUUGUACUUUUUGAAAAUCAGCACUUUUCACUUCUGUGUGUUUUUAAAAUUAGUGUUAUAGAAGACUCAUGAUUUCUAUUUUUGAAUUAAAGCUAGAAAAGGGUUCGACAUAAUUAUGUUUAAUUUCAUCACAGUUUUCAUAGAGAUGAUUCCACACUUUCACAUAGUUCUUAAAAUUUUAUAGAGUUGGGCCAAUUCCAGAAAAUCUAAAGUAAGAUACAAUUCUUACUACCCUUUGGUGAUACAUCACUGUUUUUUCUUUGAGGGAGAGAGAAAGACCUUAAAAUAUUCAUUCCAUUUAAUGAAUAUGUUAAGGACCAGAUUAGAUUAUUUUCUAAGCUGAAAACUUCAUGUGCCUAGGAAAAGGUGCUCUGAAGAGCAGUGCUCACUCAGACUGAGAUCAUGUCUACAACUUUUAGAAACAGUGCUUUAUUGCAGCAGUCUUUUCUAUUUGACGUUUUCGUUUUUUAAAUGGCAUUAAAAUUUCAGGAAAUCAACUCACUCUGAAACAUUAAGGGUACCAGAUAUAUACUGCAGGAUUUCUGAUGAUGUUGAAAGACGUUUAAACUGCUUUAGUAAAUGCUCUUUCUAGUGCUCUAAAAAUUUUCCAUUUCAAAAGUAAGUCAUUUCAUUAUAUGUCGUGUGAGACCAAAUAUUUAUGUCCAAUUGAAUAUUAAAUGAAUAUCAUUCAAAAGCAAA